AUGACAUUCAGAACCGUUCAUGGCAGACAACUCACGGACGCCUUCGAAGUGGGAACCGGAGUCAGGAAAGGCUGCUUACUCUCACCUUUUCUGUAUCUGAUGGCCAUAGACUAUGUAACGAAGACAUCGGCGGAUCAGAAGCGGAAUGGAAUUCAGUGGACACUCUGUAAACAGUUGGGAUACCUCGACUUUGCCGAUGAUCUAGCUCGUCUCUCAAUCCUAGGCGAGGCGCCGCGAACACUUCACCCAUCAAAGUUCUUGGCGAGGCGCCUCGAACACUACACCCAUCACAGUCCUAGGCGAGGCACCGCGAACACUACACCCAUCACAGUCCUAAGCGAGGCGCUGGAGGAGGUGGACACUACACCCAUCACAGUCCUAGGCGAGGAGCUGGGAACACUACACCCAUCACAGUCCUAG